GCCCCCCAGCUUCCGUGCCCCCUGGAUCCCCGAAUCUUGGAGCGGGGUAGGCUAGGGUAGGGGUCCAGCAUGAAGCCCCCGGACCGCCCCGGCCCUGGCCGCACUGACCGGAUACUGGGGGUCAUGGGGGGCAUGCUGCGCGCAUGCGCCCUGCCCGGGCAGGAGGGGGCUCCGAAGAGAAGCCCCCUAGGGCCGGGGGGCACAGAGCCCGGGUCUGAUUGUCCCGAGGGGGACCAGAGAGGGCCACGCGAACGCGAGGCUCCUCCGCUGCACGAAUCUUAUUCCAUUGCUGGCAGUGAAGGAAGUAUCUCGGCUUCUGCUGCCUCCGGGCUGCCUGCCCCCUCUGGCCCCAGCUCUGGUCUCAGCUCUGGCCCUUGUUCCCCGGGCCCCCCAGGGUCAGUCAGUGGCCUUAGGAGAUGGUUGGAUCAUUCCAAACAUUGUCUCAGUAUAGAAGCUCAAGCAGACUGUGGCCAGACUGGACCACAUGAGACCUGGAUGCUGGAACCCACUUUAGCGACCGGAGAGGAACUGCCGGAGCUGACCUUGCUGACCACAUUGUUAGAGGGGCCCACAGUUCCGAAGCAGCCACCUGAGGAGGAGACAUUGUCGCAAGCUCCAGAAAAUGAGGAGGAACAGAAGAAGGCAGCUCUGGAGAGGAGUAUGUAUGUCCUGAGUGAACUGGUAGAGACAGAGAAAAUGUAUGUGGAGGACUUGGGGCAGAUUGUGGAGGGUUAUAUGGCCACCAUGGCUGCUCAGGGAGUGCCUGAUAGUCUUCGAGGCCGGGACAGGAUUGUGUUUGGGAAUAUCCAGCAAAUCUACGAAUGGCAUCGAGACUACUUUCUUCAAGAACUUCAGCAGUGUUUGGAUGAUCCUGAUUGGUUGGCACAGCUCUUCAUCAAACAUGAGAGACGACUGCAUAUGUAUGUGGUAUAUUGUCAGAAUAAGCCCAAGUCUGAACAUGUGGUGUCAGAAUUUGGAGACAGCUACUUUGAGGAGCUCCGGCAGCAGUUAGGACAUCGCCUGCAGCUCAGCGACCUCCUCAUUAAACCAGUACAGAGGAUCAUGAAAUACCAGCUACUGCUCAAGGAUUUUCUCAAGUAUUACAGCAGAUCUGGCAGAGACACUGAAGAGCUCGAGCAAGCCGUGGAGGUCAUGUGCUUUGUACCCAAGCGCUGCAAUGACAUGAUGAGCCUGGGGAGACUGCGGGGUUUUGAGGGCAAACUGACAGCUCAGGGGAAGCUCUUGGGCCAAGACACAUUUUGGGUCACGGAGCCAGAGGCUGGGGGAUUGCUCUCUUCCCGGGGCCGAGAGAGGCGUGUUUUCCUCUUUGAGCAAAUUGUCAUCUUCAGUGAGGUGCUGGGAGGGGGUGUUCGAGGUGGCACACAGCCCGGAUAUGUGUACAAGAACAGUAUCAAGGUGAGCUGCCUGGGACUGGAGGGGAACCUCCAAGGUGAUCCUUGUCGCUUUGCCCUGACCUCCAGAGGACCAGAGGGCGGGAUCCAGCGCUAUGUCCUCCAGACUGCAGACCCUGCUGUCAGUCAGGCCUGGAUCAAACAAGUGGCACAGAUCCUGGAAAGCCAGAGGGACUUUCUCAAUGCAUUGCAGUCACCCAUUGAGUACCAGAGAAGGGAGAGCCAGACCAACAGCCUGGGCCGGCCAGGAGGGGCUGCUGGAGUGGGGAGCCCUGGGAGAGUUCGCCCUGGAGACCGGGCCCAACUCAGCAUGCACAUGCCCAUCAACGGCUCUCUACCCUCCCUGCUGCUGCUGCCCAAAGGGGAGGUAGCCAGAACCCCCCUGCCCCUAGACACACAGGCCCUCAGUGACAUUCCCCAGAUGCCUCCCGAGUCUCCUCCAGUUCCACAACUUCCAAACACUCCUCCCUGUCAGGCCCGACUUGCCAAGCUGGAUGAAGAUGAGCUGUGAUGGAUGAAGGCCAGGAGGGAGGCGCUGACUUAGCCACUCUGUCCCCCCAGCAAACUCAGCCCAGAGAGUCCUUCUGGCACUCUGGUGUGUCUCAGGGUAGGCAAGUGUCAGCUGGGAGGAAGGUACUAGACUUCAGAGAACUUUUUUCUGCCCAAGGAACUUGGGUUCCUUCAGCUUCCACCCCUAUGCAUGCAUCACAGGUCACCCCCAGAGGAGGAUAUAUGGGGGUAGAAGCUGGGGCAAGGGUCAGCUAGAAAUCAUUGGUUUUGUUUUUGAUCUUGUUUUUUUCUUUUCUUUUUCCCCCACCCCUGUUUUCUGAGAAUAAAGGUUUUGUUAUAUCA